UAUCGCGGAUUGUGACAGGAUAUUGACUAUGUGUAUAUCGAAGAUAAAGUCGCUGUUGGACAUUUUAUAUUUUCACCUAAAGCUGAUAAAAUAAUUGCGUAAAAUCUUCUGGGCGAUCGCGAUAACGAAAUGGUGUCAAGCGCCCAAAAUGGCAGUUGUUCUGCGACAGAGAUGACUAUCAGAAACAAUUUUAGAUCAAUCGUCAUUCUGUGCUUAGUUCAAAUAAUAUCCACAGUUGCGUAUAAUUCAGGCGAAAGUCAAUUGACGGCUAACGAAGUUUGUACAAAAUGUCACUGCAUGGAGGGUGUAGGAGGUUAUUUUGGGAAUCAAUUAGAGGUUUCGAUAGAUUGUUCGCAAAGGCAACUGAAUGACUUGCCUGUCGACUGGCCCUCUAACAUAACAAAGAGCGAAGAUCUAAAAGAUGCCGCAUUAGUGGUUUCAUUUUCUGGAAAUCCGCUGAUCACAUUGAGGAAACUGCCACCUACGCUAGCUAAAAAUGUAUCUUUUAGUUUUCGAUAUUGCGGUCUAACUGAACUAGUAAGUGGUGCAUUUAUGGACGUGCCAUUUUUAGAAAAGCUGGAUCUUAGCUGUAACAGUCUGACUACGGAAUCCUUGCACGGAGAUGUAUUUCGCGGCCGCUACAAUGUGAGGAAUUACGAGCCUUUGCCUGUUCGAAUUUUGUUACUGGCACAAAAUAGAUUAACAAAUGGUUUAUCGGCAUUAUCCUUAGAACAUAUGCCGGAUUUACGUAAAUUAGAUUUAUCUUACAACUACAUAAAUGAGCUACAUGAAGGCACAUUGAGAGCUAUUACAGGAAUUAGAAAAUUAGAGGUAAACAAACCGUAGUAGUAGUAGAGUACUUAGGAACUCAUUC